AUGGCGGAAGCUUGCGGAGUGAGAAGGAUGAAGCUGGGAAGCCAAGGCCUUGAAGUAUCGGCGCAAGGCCUUGGUUGCAUGAGCCUCUCCUCCUUCUUCAACAUCCCGGAGCCGAAAACUGACUCCAUCGCUCUUCUUCAUCACGCCAUUGCCUCCGGCGUCACUUUCCUUGACACCGCCAACAGCUACGGUCCUGGCACCAACGAAUUGCUCCUCGGAAAGGCUCUGAAGGAUAAUGGGUUGAGGGAAAAAGCAGAGCUUGCGACGAAAUUCGGAAUCAUUUACGCAGAGGGAAAGAGAGAGAUAAAGGGAGAUCCUUUGUAUGUGAGAGCUGCUUGUGAGGCUAGUUUGAAGCGGCUAGAUGUGGAAAGCAUUGACCUUUAUUAUCAGCAUCGGAUUGAUACUCGUGUUCCUAUCGAAAUCACUAUGGGAGAGCUCAAGAAGCUAGUGGAAGAAGGUAAGAUAAAUUACAUUGGUUUGUCUGAAGCCUCUGCCUCAACUAUCAGAAGAGCACAUGCUGUUCAUCCGAUAACCGCUGUGCAGUUAGAGUGGUCCUUGUGGACGAGAGACGUGGAAGAAGAAAUCAUUCCUACCUGCAGGGAACUUGGGAUUGGGAUUGUUGCUUACAGUCCUCUAGGAAGAGGCUUCUUCGCAUCAGGACCAAAUCUUCUUGAUAAACUAGACAAGAAUGACUAUAGAAAGGCAAGUAAAUAUUGCUUUAAUCUACCAAGAUUCCAACAAGAAAACUUAGACCACAACAAGAUUCUCUACGAGAAAGUUUGUGCAAUGUCAGAGAAGAAAAGAUGCACUCCUGCACAACUAGCCUUGGCGUGGAUUCAUCAUCAGGGAGAUGAUGUUUGUCCCAUCCCAGGAACAACAAAGAUCGAGAACCUCAACCAGAACAUUGGAGCUUUAUCAGUGAAACUCACUACACAAGAAAUGUCUGAGCUUGAUACCAUUGGCCAACCAGAUUCUGUGAAAGGAGAAAGAGUUACAGCUAUGGUGCCUAACUUCAACAACUCAGACACUCCACCAUUGUCUUCUUGGAAAUCCCCUUAA